AAUAUCAACCGUCGGCUUAUUUAAUCCGACGGUCACAAAUGAUUUCCGUCAUCUUCCAUUAUAUCCUCACCACGCGCUCGUCGUCCUCCUUCUGGGUAAUCCCUAAUUGGUUCGGACUCUCAGCUUAGAUCUCUUCCGAUCGCUUCGCAAUACCGACAGAAAGACCUCAGGAAUUUGAAUUUCAAGAAUCCAAGAAUGGUUAUUCUCUAGCUUAGAUCUAUUUCGGAACGGUUUGUAAAAUUCGAACGAUCCUACAACGCAAUUCGAUUAUCUUGGGGCAUACUUAAUUUUCGAAUGGCAGAUACAAUAUCUAGUUUCUGGGGUCCUGUCACAUCUCCUGAGUGGUGUGAAAGCAACUAUGUCUACUCUUCUUAUAUUGCCGAAUUCUUCAACACGAUAUCGAAUAUUCCAUGCCUCAUUUUAGCACUUAUUGGUCUCGUAAAUGCCUUGAGACAAAGGUUUGAGAAGAGGUUUAGCGUUCUUCACAUAUCAAAUAUGAUCCUUUCCAUUGGAAGCAUGCUGUAUCAUGCUACGUUGCAACGAGUACAACAGCAAGGCGACGAAACACCUAUGGUAUGGGAAAUGCUCCUCUAUAUCUACAUCCUUUAUUCGCCCGAUUGGCACUACCGAAGCACGAUGCCAACGUUCUUGUUUCUAUAUGGAGCUGCCUUCGCCGUUGCUCAUGCAAUCGUCCGUUUCGGAGCAGGCUUUAAGGUACACUAUGCAAUACUGUGUCUUCUCUGCAUCCCAAGAAUGUACAAGUACUAUAUUCACACGAACGACAUACACGCUAAGCGGCUAGCAAAAUUAUACUUGACAACCAUCUCUCUUGGGACUGUUUGCUGGCUUUUUGAUCGCUUAUACUGCAAGAACAUCUCUAGCUGGUAUAUAAACCCACAGGGUCAUGCAUUAUGGCAUGUAUUAAUGGGGUUCAAUUCUUAUUUCGCCAACACAUUUUUAAUGUUUUGUCGUGCUCAACAACUAGAAUGGAACCCGAGAGUAGUCCACUUUUGGGGAUUGUUUCCAUACGUGAAGAUUCAAAAACCAAAGAGCCAGUGACCGAUGGAUGGUUGGUUGGUUGGUUGUGUCUUGGAAGGAAAAAACGACAUUCUUUUAAUCUUGAAAUGAUGGGUUUUUGGUUCUUGGCUGGUUACUAUGAAUAGGAUUAGACAUUCUUUUACCCUCUCCCUGGCCCUUCUUUGCCUUCUCAUAUGGAUGUAAAUCAUACUCAGAAUGUCUGUGUCAUUGAUUUAGAUUGGGUUUUUCUGCAGCCUGUAAACUUGUGUUCUUCCUUUCUUUCUUUCUUUCUUCUUUCCAGUUUUACUUUUCUUGUAGGAAAUGUGUUUUGUUUAGUAUUUUCAUUCAUUUGCAAUAUAGAAUUGUGUUCCAAAAGGAUGAUGCCCUUGGGGUUUAGGUUCACAAUUUUGAAAGCUCUUUACAUAUUCACUUGGAA